AUGACUCUUGAGGAUGUUACAAACAUUGAACAGGAAGCUGGAAAAUUGGCUGGCAAGCCCCAAGAAACUGUGACUAGCGUCGCAAAUGUCUCUGACCAGCCAGCCUCUUCAAGGAUAACACAGGCAGAUUUUGAAGAAUACUACAAACACUUUCUUCCGUUCAAAUCGAUCUAUGCCUGGCUAAAUCACUCACCAUUACCCAAUUUAAAAUUUGGACAUCGUGAAUUUGCCAUGGAGCAUUUCAACACCCAGUACCAACGUUAUUGCUGUUUCACCUCUUCUAACGAGUUCAAGGAUGCCAUUGUCAAGGCUUCCCCCUCGAGAUUCGAGGUUGGUGCUAUCUAUAACGAAAAUCUCAAGAACAAGAUCAAGGGCCAGAAAUCUGCAAAUUUGAAGCCAGUGGAGAAGGAGUUGAACUUCGAUAUCGAUCUGACAGACUACGACGACAUCAGAACGUGUUGUGCUAAAACAGAUAUCUGUUUGAAAUGCUGGAAAUUCAUAAAUUUGGCCGUGAACAUCAUGGAUGUUACGCUAAGAGAGGAUUUUGGGUUUGAGAACCUGAUAUGGGUGUUUUCGGGAAGAAGAGGUGUGCAUUGUUGGGUGAGCGACCCUAGAGCAAGAGUACUUGAUGAGAGCAAAAGACGGUCCAUUAUCGAGUAUGUGAUGCUUAAAAGUGGCAAGAACGGAUCUGAUAAACUCUCUUUGAGGAAACCAUACCAUCCCUUGGUUGAAAGAGCCUUGAAGAUGUGUACGAAGUCUUUUCAGGAAAUCAUCAUGGAAGACCAAGAUCCAUGGAGGGAUGACGAAAAGGCAAUCACGCAUCUUGCCAAGACUUUCCCAGAUUCCAAGCUCAAAGAUGCGCUGACCUCGAAAUGGAAGGCACAACCUGGCCGGUCCAGUUUGCAGAAAUGGAAGGAUGUGGAUGAGUUGAUUGAAAAGGGCCAGUACGUGAGCUCAAGAACCAUUGCCGGUUUGAACCAAGAUUGGAAAAGAGAGAUCAUUUUAAGCUGUCUGUAUCCAAAGUUGGAUAUCGAAGUUUCCAGACAACUCAACCAUUUGCUGAAAUCACCAUUCUGUAUCCAUCCCAAAACAGGCAACGUGUGUGUUCCUUUUGAUCCUAAAGACGGAGACUUUGAUCCUCUGAGUGGUCCAACUUUGCAGAAGCUUUUUGAGGAGAGAAGCGAGGGUCGUGAGUCCUGUUUGAAGCCCUAUGUCGAGAUAUUCGACAGGUUUGUGCAGGGUUUGAAUAAAGAGGAACUGGCGAAGAGAAAGACGGAGAAUAAAGAAAAUCUAGACUUUUAA